UCAAGGGGAGACAGAGAGACACAAGCUCUAAAUAUAAAGCAGCCAUAAGGCGAGGGAGAUAACAUCUCCUAGAGACCGUGGCAUGUAAUCCAUUGCUCUGGCUUACCAUAGACAUCAACUUGUGCGCUAAGCUUUGCAAAGAUUACUUUAUCUCUCGAUACUCAUUACAUGAAUCAGCCAUCGCAGCUGAACCUCUACGACUUAUAUGAACAACUCAUUUCUUUUUUUUUUAAAGAGUAAGUUCCGUUGAUACAUUUUGUUCAUAUAGCGGUAUGUACAGUAGCCGUGUUCACCUUGAGACUGCUGUUUGUGCACCUAGGGGCACGGGUUCACAUUCCUGGCAGUGUCUCGUGAUGUCAGUGACGACAAUGAAAAUAUUUUAAGUAUUUUACUUCCUUCUUCACCGUUGCUAUAAGAGAGAGGUCCUGGUCCAGCGUCUCUCUGAGCCACACAACGAGCGACCCCAGCAACGCCAUGGGUCAUGGCGAGCGGGACUCCCAGUGAGAGUGUGGAUAGUGAGCUGUGCUGCUCCAUCUGCCUGGACACAUUCGUCUGCCCCUCCACGCUGAGCUGCGGACACUCGUUCUGCCUGCGGUGCCUGGAGGCCGCCUGGGAGACAGCGAGCAGCUUCAGCUGCCCACAGUGCCGAGCGACCUUCCCUGUGCGACCCCAGCUGAGGAGGAACGUGGCCCUCGCCAACCUGGCGGAGCAGCUCAGAGUUGGAGACGGGAUGGCCGCGGCCGUCGUGUGUGACAUCUGUGGUGAUGGCCAGACUCCUGCAGUGAAGACCUGCCUGAGAUGCGAGAUGUCCUACUGUUUUUCUCACCUUAGGCCUCACGUGGAGAAUCCCAGGUUGAGCGACCAUGCUGUGGUGGAUCCCACUGCGAGCUUGGAUGAGCGAAGAUGCCCUGAACACAAAAGAGAGCUGGAAUUCUACUGCACAGUAGACAGCAGCCUGGUCUGCUCAUCGUGCACCAUCGCAGGUGAACACAAAGGACAUGAUGUCACCACGCUGAAGGACGAGCACGAGACACGGAAGACGCACGUUGGGGAGGAGACGCGAACGGUGGAGAAGAAGAGGAAGGAGGCGGAGGAGUCCAUGAAGCGGAUGGAGGCCGCUCGCAAGGAGGCGCAGGUACCGUGUCCGGGUCUGGCUCUUUGACUCCUGUGAAAUCCACUCAGUGUGGAAGUCGUGGAGGUCAAAAUUCAUCAAGCGAACUUCGUGCAGCUUCAUAUUUUUUAUGCCUCUUACUAUAAUUAUAUUAAAUUUCAAACUCAACAUUAACUACAAGUGGAUUGCUCAUUUACCAGAUUCGAUGACCGCAUCGGCGAGUCUGCUGCAAGGUCGGGUUACUUGGCUUGACGUCUUCCACCCGUCCGGCAAAAAAAAAUGUAGAGAGAGCCACGGAUUGUCGGGGUGGAGCUGUGGUGCAGCUGUUACACUGCACUGGAGGUCGUGCACUGGCACGGACGCAGAGCCACAGACACCACUCAGCUGCACCUCACGCCAUCCCUAAUCACAUCCCCUGAGUUUAUUGAAACUACAACUAUUUUUAUUUUACCAGGUAAGGCCCCACUGAGCUGUGUAGAUUUUUUCAGAAGUGACCCUGGCUGUCACAAAUAAUAGCAGCUCAUCAAAGUGGCUGACAUCAUCACGUGAAUAUAUAUAGCAGCAGACACAUAGAGAUACAUAGAGACCGCUCGAGAUACAUAGGGACCCCUAGAGAUACAUAGGGACACAUAGAGAUACAUAGAGACCCAUAGAUUAAACUAUUUUUUUAUUUCACCAGGUAAGGCCCCACUGAGCCAUGUAGCUCUUUUGCAGAAGGAACCUGAAUAUCACAAAGAUAGCUCAUUAAAAUGUCUACUCUAAAUACUGCACUCUAAACGCUUGCUUGAACCCGGAGACACUCUUGGGCUCUGCGGGUUGUUCACAGCAGAUAAUCAAUGCCUUUGACUAUAAACCCGAGUCGGACUCGUGGGAUAUAGAUACCAGACCCAUAGAUAUAUCAAAGACACACAUAGAGAUACAUAGACACCCAUAUAAAUACCAGACCCAUAUAUAUAUAUCAAAGACACACAUAGAGAUACAUAGACA